AUGUAUAGGGGAGCUGUUGUUGGACGGAAUCUGAUCGAGAAGAUCGUCCAGGACGGCGAUUUCGACUGCGAAGAGUUCAAUCUUGACGAUCCUUUCGAUGAUCCCUCGCUGUGCACUACUGUUCGUACUUCCUCUCCCCUCAGUUUCAGUACGGGUUCAGGCUUUUCUGGACAUUUUGUGGCAAGAUGAGCAGGGCAACUCGGCCUUGAUGCUGGCAGCGACGGAAAAUCGCAUUCUUCACGUCAAAGGAAUUCUCACAAUGAGUAUCAACUCAGGAAAGCUCUGGCAGGUAAUUUAAUGAGAAGAAUAAAUCCUGAAAAAGUUUAUUCACAAAACGAUCUUUGAAGUUCUUUUGAGACUUCUCUGACGCUGAUCUUCGGUGCUUCACGUUUUUUUUUUCAAAACAGAUUAGUUUUAAAAAACUAAAAAUAAGAUCGCUGGAAUUAUGGGUAUAAUUACAGACUCAACCGUGUUCUGUGCUCUUGAAUUCAAACAAAAAAAUGGAAUUUUUUUGUCAAAAAAAGCUACGAUAAUUUUUUUAAUAUCUGAGUUCUAGAGCGUUUUUUCAAAAAAACUAACUUCGUUUCAUUUCGAAAAAAAGUAUCGAGAUGAAAUUUAAGAUAAAAAUAGGAGAAAAUAACAAAAAAAGUGCCUUUUUUUCCGGAGAUUUAUUUUUUUCAUAUUAAUCUACUUUUUUUAUUCAAUCACUUAGACAAUAUUUUUUUUUAAACAACUUGAACAAAAAACCGGCGUGUGUUUGGAAAGAAAAACUAUUUUAUAUUUGGGGAGGAAUAUCGUCACAGUUACUCGAAAAAUUCUAACUUGCUCUCGCUGAGGGGAUUAAUCCGGAUUCUCUUUAUCAGAAUUUUUCGGGUAAUUUGUAUCAUAAAUUUCGAUGCUUCUCCUGACAACAAUAUUGAAAGAUUUUUUGGCCGAAGAUUUGUUUCGCAGGUCUUGGACAUGCAGAACUGUGAAGGGCUGACGGCACUCCAACUGGCGGUCCGGGCCGGAAGCGAGACCUGCGCGAUGCUCAUCACACGUGUUGCCAGAGAAUACGCCAAAUACCGGGUGAGAAUGUCGUUCACUACGUCAUCCACCUUAUAUGGGCUCUUCGUCCCUGUUUCGCUGGCUUUUCUUGCAAAAAUCGCGGUUUCUUACCAGAUCUUCUUCUUUGUCUGGACUUUGUCUCUCGUCUUUCCGUUGUCUGGAACAUUGAUGCUUGGCUAUUUUUUGUUUUGAAAGUCAGAAAAGUGCAAAGUUGUAAACUUUCUUUUUAAUUAACUAAUUAAUUAAACGCAGCGGACAUCUUUCUGUUUAUCGCCUUCCUCGCUGGCCAAGCUGAGGCGUUCUGGAAAAUUUUUGCUCUGCUAAAAACCACUUUUAUUUUGAAGGCUGCAAAUAACUUUCUUUCUAGUUUUUCAUACUAACAAGGGAAGUUUCUGAGGUGAAAUUGCAGGUUUGGCCCAAUCUUCUGUGAUAGAAAGCCUUGGUAUGAGUAAUCCCAAAACAAAAAAUCUAUCUGUUAACCGUCAUAGGGUACUGACAGUCAGUAGAAAUAUUACGAAAAAGCAAUGUUUUCGAAAAUUGAUUUUCUUUGAUUUUUUUAUUUUUUAGAACAACUUCUGUAAUUUACUAAUUCAUAAGCAACACCAGAAGAAACGCUUUUCCUCAAAAAAACCCCCCAGAGAUAAUCAGUUUUCGAGCUGUUCCUCUUUUUCGACGGGCAAUUUCUCAACUAGAACGACUACAGAAGUUCGGACCAAUACUUUGAAUUUCCCCUCACGCACUUAUCUCGUGAGAGAAGCUCUUCUGGCUCAAAACAUUCUAGAGACAUAGUUUUUUGCUCAUCUCACCUGCGUAAUGUGAAAAAAGAAGUUGAGACUGUCAGGGGAAAUUACAUUAAAAAGGCAGAGACCAAAAUGUGAUCUGAGGAAAAUAAUUUGGCAUGCAAUUUUUCCGGAUUUUGCAGACCGGACUUGCACCUGGCGUCAUUAUUCCUGCUCGAAACUUGAUUACUGUGCCAAAAGAUAGUUGACUUUGAACUACCUUUCCUUUAUUUCAGCUUUUUCAUCUUUAGAAAUUCUUUUUUUUAACUUCAUAAUGAACCCAUGGAAAGUACAAGUUUAUGAAUCGUCAAUAUGCUCUCUAACUUCCUCUUCUAAAAAUUAUUCCACCUUUUUUCAAACAUAAAGUGCGUCUGAAAAAUUUUAUAAAAUUGACGCUUGUUCUCAUCUUGAAAUUGUUUUUGCCGAUUCCGGUGAGAUUUGAAGUUCUUCAAAGUGCAGCUGUUGCCCUCGGCAGGACAAUUUGCGUGGUCUAAUCAGCAGAUUUCCUUUUUUUAGAUUCUACUCACUCUUUUCCCUUUUGCAAACCCGUAUUUUCGUCGAAAAAACUGCUUGUGAAUUCCCAAAAACCUCUUCUGAACUUCAUUUCCUAGCUGGACUUGUGAAGAAUUCUCGACAUGCGGAAUCUCCGUCAUACUUAUUUUUCUCUUUCAUAAACAAGCUCAAGUCUUCCGUACUCUUUUCUAAUUAGUUCUUGUUGUCCCAGACGUUUAUCAUUGAUUAGAUUUCCGCAACUGCAUUUUUUCUCUUACUCAUUUAUUCAUUACAAAAAUAUCCAAGCUCGCGAUUCUCAUUCCCAAAACGUGAAAUAAUUACCUCGGAACUCAUUCACUGAACAAGGUCUAGACCGACCAUUCUUCGGCUCUUUUUUUAUCAUGGUUACCUAGGUUACAAGUCCCUCAUUAGAUAGGAAUUUGAACCUUUCGGUUUUUGUUAUUGACGAUGGCUUUCAAGUUCUCGGGACAUCUGCGAAGAAAAACCAUCGGAAUUUUCGGAAAGGGAUUCUCCAAUUUUCAAUUUUUUUUUUUUUCGAAGGUCCAAUAGUUCAGUUUCUAAAAAAAGAGAAUUUUGCGAAAAACACGCGGCGAUGAAGAUUUGCGUCACGGUUGAUUGUCAGUUUGAUCAUAGAAAUAACUGCUUAUUAGAUAUUUCUUCUCAAAAUACUUCUCAGCAAAGAGUAAAACUUUCUUUUUCAGAUUUGCUAUCGCCUAAAAAAAGUUAGGAUCAUUUUUCAAAGAAAUCUCAAAAAUUUUUUUCUAAACUAACUUUUUUUAACAAAAUUUUUCAAUUCUCUAUUUUUUUGUCAUGGCAUUUUACUAUGUUCACACCAACCUCAAAAAAACCACUCAACUAAUAAGAAUUCUCACGAAAAAGAAAGUCGUAGGAAAAAAACCUGCUCUAUAAAAAAAUUAAAAUUAAUGUAUGCCCUUUUUUUGGAAAAACUCUGAAGACAAGCCUUUUUGAGUUAAAGGAGAGAUACUAGAACUCAAGAACACAUUUUUCGAAACUUCAGCUUAAAUAAUUAUGAAACCGUUUUUAAUGAAAAAAACUCUUUACUUGUAAAACUUUCAAUUUUUCUCGGACGGUACUCUCCGAGAUCGUUUUUCUAGAUAACUUGCAAGAAAAAAUAGAGAUUUGAAGCGUCGGUUUAAAAAAAGAAAAUUCAAAACCUUCAUCUAAAGUCUGAAAAAAUAUUAUCGUACCAACUUUCUAAGAACCUCAUUGCUUCUAGUGAAGUGUCUUGUCAAAAAGUUAUGAUUUUAAAAAAAAUUAAAUUAAGUUUCUGUAGACUUUACCUACUAUUCUUCCCGGAACCUCCGUAUCAAAUUCUAUUCUUUUGCCUUAAUUUUUUUUUUCGGUUUUGUCUCUGUAUGGGCAGUCCGUUUUUAGAGGAUCCCUCCUCCCGAGUAUUUCUGAAUUAGAGUUAGUACUACCCCUGAGGCUAAAUCUUACUUUCAUUUUUGUGAUUACCACCUUCUUUUGGUUAGAAGUUUUGUAUGUCUCGUUUUCGAAAAUUUUCGUAAAUAAACUCCUCCUCCUGGACUAAUCGAGUUCCUCACCCGCCCCCUAUGAUUUUGUCGUCACUCUCAGUCACUUUUCUCAGAAAGCAAAUGUACGAAGCGGAAUCCUCGCCGCGCUUCGCUUUCGGCGUCGCGGAAUAUUGCGAGUUCUGCGGGACCCAGUGGGUCAACGGCAAAUGUCUCUGUUAUUACGCCGACAAUCCUGACCGUGUUCGUCAUUCAACUUGUAGCCCUUUCACAGCUGGCUUGAGCCAAUCUUUCAAGGAUCGGUGGAUGUUCAAGGAAAGGCUCUUGCAAAGAAAAGAGAUAUUUAGUUUUUUGUGUCUCAAAACAAAGGAAAUCAUUCAAUUUAAUGGAAAUUUCUGAAAAAGUCUUUAAAGAUAUUUUUUACCUCAUAUUUUCUUUAGUAGUUUGGUGAAAACACGAUAAAGCUAGAUCUUCUUCAUUUAAUUUCGCCACAGCGUCUCUGGCUCGUCAUGUUGAGUAGCUUUGAAAGGACCAUAUUUAUUAGAUAUUCAAUGAGAACUCGAAUAAAAAAAACCAGGGCAACGGAGGCAAUUUUCAGCCGAGACCGAAAAACGCAAAUGAGACAACGCAUGAGGACGAAAUCACUUUCGACUUGAACGACUCUGUAGGGAACUCUGAGACUGCAGAAGAUGCCCUCAAUCAGGUAAUUCCAGCCUUUUUCCGUUCCUCAUAAUCAGAGUUGCAGAUGUUCCACUCGGCGACGGUGCGACGACGUCUCUCCGGAGACGCGGGACAGAGGAGACUCAACCGCGAGAAAAUCUCCAACAGUCUGAGGACGACGAACAACGCUCAGCACGCCGCCGACUACCUCCACAUGAUCAAGCGUUCCAAGUCAGACUGCAGUCGUCGCUCCUUCCUGAGCGGAAACCGUUUCAGGUCGGCUCACACGCGGCUGGUGCACCAACGUACCAACAGCAACGACUCCGCGACGGCGAGUUCUCCGCCGCGAACGCCUCCUCUGGCCAUGCCGCAGGACCACGGAGUUCUUUCCACUGUUGGGGAGCGUCUACGCAAUAUCUUUGUCCGCAAAGUUCGUUUUUUUUCCGAACAAAAAAAGCUUGGUGGAAAAAAAAGUCUAACUUUUUGUUUAAAUAAUAGAUUAAGUGGGACAGCUUUUUCUCAAUGGUGAUAAAUUAGGCUCAAAAAGCUGUCUUUGAGGCGAAAAUCGUGUGAUUAAUCUUUCAAUACCAUACUUUGGAUCCAAAAAGGAUGUUUUUCUGAGCAGAGGUUCUAUCAAAAAAAGCAUUUUCAAAUAAAAAUUAAAAAUGGACCUCAUGAUACUCCUUGAUGACUACAAAGUACAUCGGACUAUUAUUAUUUUUUUUUUGCCAUUCCCCCGACCUUUCUUCAUCUCCCUCCUAUUCCUCAGUUGGUGGGUUGCUGGUUCCGCGUGUCCCCUCUAUCUUUCCUCGACUCCUGCCUGCCUGUAUUUCCCUGUGUCAAGCAGCUGACAUCCCAAAAAGGAAGGUCCAAUACGCCAACCUUUAGAAUUGUAUCUGGAGGGAGUCUCUAGACUCUAAAGGCGGACUUUUGGAAUAAUAAUUCUGAUAUCAGAAUAGGACCUAGAUAGGACCCUAGAUCAGCUCUAGUUAUAUAUCCGUUCUUGUCUGUGUCGGCUGGUUGAAGCCGUGGUUUCCCAACGUUCCUUCGACUCCUUGUUUAGGUCUCGGCGGGUAUUGAACUUGAGACCCUUCGGGCCGUCGACAGGCACAAAACCUGAUGCGCUACGGCGCUCCGCCAUCUUUUUUCCAACAUCAAUCAAACUCAUCGGAAACAAAUCAUACGUUUUCUGUUUCAGCCGCCAGUCGCCUCACCUCUCACCAGCUCCUUCCCCUCCGAAAAGCUGCCCUCAGCGACUGCGACAAAGGACCGACUCACGCAGUCAAUGUCCUUCGACCGCAAUCGACUGACAAGUGGUCCCUACAGUGGCCUCGACACCAGGAGAAUCGAGGAAGCGGUGGGGCUUGGAUUUUUCUUUUUUUAACGAGAUCAAGCGAGAAAUUGAUGACCUAGAAACAAGAAAAUUUUUAUAAAAGACUUUUCUGAUUUCCAGGAACUGCUGCGACUACCACUACAUUCAUCUUCGGACGAAACUGAUGAGAUCGGUGAGAAGCAACUUUUUUGGAAUUAAGCUUUGAAAUGGGGUAUCGAACUAAAUUUUUUUAUGAAUAUUUAAUAUAAAAAGACCACACAUUUAGAGUUCCAAAAAAAUUGAAAGAUUUUGAUGAUUUUUUUUUUUCGUGAAACAGAAUGGUUUCGUAACAGUUUUAUGGCGUCUCUUCAGGUAGUCUAUCGCUUUCUGUUCAGUUCUUGAUUUAAAAAAAAAAUGAAAAAUGUUAACUGUAAUUGUAAUUUUUUGAAGCUUUGAAUGACUUUCUUGUUUGAUUUUCAUAGUUUUUAGAUCCUUUUAGCAUACCCUUUUGAAGCCUGAUAUUUUUUCGUGAAUAAAAACAUUUUUAUUCAAAGACAUGCACGUUGCAGGAACGAGGCCAACCCCUUGGAUGAACCAAGUAUCGCCGCCGCCACCUCUCAGCCGGAGCAUAUCUUCUACGAUUCCGCCUCCACCGCCAAGCCGCCAGAAGUCGUCAGGCUCCAUCGUGCCGACAAUCAACGGCGUCAGACUGCCUCCGCUUUCUGGAUUCCGGCGCAGGACCACCAGCGAAUCCCGACCGGAGUUCAGCGUCAUCGGCGACGAGCCAAUGCCCAGAGCAUAUCGCUCUUGA